ACCCCCCACACACACACACACAAAAAAAAGAGCAAAGGGUGGAAAGGCGCACAGACAAAAGGCAACCCAACCGCCAGAGACACCCAGAUCCCACAUCACCACCAGCAGCAGCAGCACCAGCACCACCAGCAGCACCAGCAAGAAAGCCAUCAGCAGCAGCACAGCAGCCAUGGUAGACCGUGAGCAGCUUGUGCAGAAAGCCAGGCUGGCUGAGCAAGCCGAGAGGUACGAUGAUAUGGCAGCUGCAAUGAAAUCGGUGACCGAGUUGAACGAGGCCCUGUCCAACGAGGAGCGCAACUUGCUGUCCGUGGCCUACAAGAACGUGGUGGGCGCCCGGCGCUCGUCGUGGAGGGUGAUCAGCAGCAUCGAGCAGAAGACCUCGGCCGACGGCAACGAGAAGAAGAUCGAGAUGGUGCGCGCAUACAGGGAGAAGAUCGAGAAGGAGCUGGAGUCCGUGUGCCAGGACGUGCUGAACCUGCUGGACAACUACCUGAUCAAGAACUGCAGCGACACGCAGUACGAGAGCAAGGUCUUCUACCUGAAGAUGAAGGGCGACUACUACCGCUACCUGGCCGAGGUGGCCUCGGGCGAGAAGCGGACCGCGGUGGUGGAGUCCUCGGAGAAGGCGUACGGCGAGGCGCACGAGAUCAGCAAGGAGCACAUGCAGCCCACGCACCCCAUCCGGCUCGGCCUGGCCCUCAACUACUCCGUCUUCUACUACGAGAUCCAGAACGCCCCCGAGCAGGCCUGCCACCUGGCCAAGACCGCUUUCGACGACGCCAUCGCCGAGCUGGACACCCUGAACGAAGACUCCUACAAGGACUCCACGCUCAUCAUGCAGCUGCUCCGUGACAACUUGACUCUCUGGACAAGCGACCAGCAGGACGAGGAGGGCGGAGAGGGCAACAACUAAAUGGACCCCGGGGAGGGUUGAGGGUGGGGGGUUGCGUGUGUUGGCUAGUGCUCAGCUGACGACCCCUGUGGUUUUUUUUUCUCCCCCCCCCCACACUUCAAAGGGGGUGGGG